AUGGAGAUCGAGAAUGCUAAGUUUCUCACCUGCAUUGAUACCACUGUGCGAUAUUGCUCAUGUAUUCCCAUACAAAACCUGAAGACUGACCCUGUAUUUGAAGCAUUGGAAAAGAUAUUCCGCCGCUACAACAAGGCAGGCUUUCAAGUCAAGAUCAUCAAGUGUGAUCGGGUGUUCAUUCCUCUCGCGGAUGAUAUGCUACACGAUAUGGGUGUUACUAUUGACCCGACUGCAGCUGGAGACCACGAGCCUACCGCUGAGCAAAACAAUAGGACGCUGAAAGAAAGAGUCAGAGUAGCUCUUGCACGAUUACCCUACAAAGUGGCCCCAAAGGUGAUCGUUGAAUGUCUUGGACGUUGA